AACGGGGCGGAGCUUUUGACAGACUGCUGGUGACCUCUUUGAUUUCGUCAGAAGUUGAAAAUCCAUUUUUAGUGUGACGACGACAAAUGGCGUCCGUCACGAUCGACUCAUCAUUUCAUUUUUGUUUCAAACAAAUUUGUUGUGUUUUCGUGGGACCUCACAGAAAGAUUUCUACCAGUUCAUCAUCAACGCCUUCUUGAAGAACGUGUCUCUCUGGCCGCCAUCGCGAUCCAUCACAUUUUUUUUCAUCCCGAAACGGUGACGUCAUCACGUCUCGUCUUCUGUGUGGCACUUCAAAAGGGCGCGGCCGCAUCGGAUCUAACGGGGUGAAGGAGCGGCACGUUGAGCGCUGCCCAUUUGCAUGUCCGUAUGCAAAUGGAGGCAAGAAUGGGGGAAACGAGAGUAUCAAAAGCUUUACAAGUCGGCUUUGACAGCUUCUCUUGAAAAUGAUUCACCAAGAAAAGAAGGGCCUUUUAUAAUUGAGAUUACGCGCGCGGCCUGGGUCAAAGAUGCUUUUGGGCUCCCACUGGAAGGCGGUGCCACUUCAACAAAUGAUAAGAAUUGGAUUAAUGUGUAUGUCGUUUCCUUUGAAGAAAAUGCCAAACAUCAAUUUGAACCUCUCGGCACAUGGAACACGGACGACCUUCCGAAUGAUGAUAGUUACUCGUGCUGGAUCCACCUAGUCAAAGAGUCGCAUUAUGCUAAAAUCAAAAGUGUUAUCAUUGGAGGUGUUAACAUUUCACCUGCAAGUGUCACGUUGAUUUUGUACGAUGAAACUUUCCUUCAAUCAGAAAUUCUAGAACGAAGUGAAGAUUGGAAAAAUUCCAAGUGUUUGUGUGAACUUGGUAGCAUCCUGAGGUUGAAAAACAAUGUAACUGUGGAUAGGCAUAAAGUUCCGAGUGAAAAAGUCGAAGAUUCAAUUUUCAAUCACUCCAAACUUGUGCUUCAAUUACGACAGAGAGCUCUUCAGUGGAAAACCUGGAGGAGAUCCUGCCCAGACUUAGGUUCCACCAAUCUACUAUGGAUGAUGGUUAUUGACCUUCUCCUUGGAUUUUGUUUCGUGAAAAUGUUUCACUCUUUCGGUGGAACCAGCGAAGUGCUGGAAAUAUUUCUCAAGUCUGUCAAACUGAUUGCUGACUUUCUACAGCUGCUGAUUGAGUGGCUAAUGGGGGUACCUGUUGGUCUGAAACUGAAUAGGCCUUUGUCGACUGUCCUAGGAAAAUUCUUUCUCUACCACCUCUACUUAUGGAAGACAUACAUAGAUAUUAUUAGGCCUAUUGUGUCCAUUGUCAUAUUCAUUUCAUCAACAUUUGGCCUAAUUGGGCUAUCCUUCCAGAUUGCCCUUCUAAGUGAUUUAAUCACUAUGGCUUCACUCCAUUGCUAUUGCUUUUAUGUAUACGCCACUAGGCUUUAUGGCGUUACUCUGAGCGGUCUUCGAUCAACAUUUCGAAUGUUCGGCGGCCGUAAAUGGAAUCCACUACGUUCACGGAUUGAUUCGGGCGAGUUUUCGUGGGACCAACUUUGCGUUGGCAUGUUCAUUUUUUCAAGUUUGCUCCUACUCCUGCCAACCCUUUUGGUCUACUACAUCGUUUUCCUGACUUUGCGGCUCUGCGUGUUGUUACUUCAAGGAACCCUCAAACGCUUUAUCUGGAUCAUCAACAGUAUACCUUGUUAUUCGUUGCUACUGUGGAUUAUCGGGUCACCAUCUCUAGCCGGCGAUGUUCUUUUCGAAGUAAUUCCUGGUAGAAAUUCUACAUUGAAACUAGUCUGGAUUAAACUGCCGCUCGUAGAGAGCAUGAUACGCUCCUUGAAUCCAUCCUCGCCGAAAUAUCCUCACGUCAACUGGUCCCAGAGAUUGAAUAAAAUGGUAUCUGGCGAUUUAAUUUAUUCUUUAUAGGAUUCCAUUUUAAUGUUUGAUGAAGAAGGAUGUCUGCGAAAAACAUUCGUGGGGUACGAUGGCCUUACAUUUUGUUUUAUAAAUACUGGCCAGACAUGGCACUAUAUUUUCAUAAUUUAUUUUAAUCGUUUAUACCAAUCUUGAGACAAUAAUUACAACUAGUUAAAGGCUGUCUUUUGAAUAUAGUUCCAGAAUGAUAAGAUAAAUUCAUCAAACGACAGAAACUUUAGAUUUGUUUGUUCGAGCAGUAAAUGUUUUGUUGACUCAGUUGCCAUAUGCUGAACCUAAAACCAACAAAAAAGAGACGAUUACUGAAGUUUGCCACGCCAAAAGCUUGUACUACUAGAAUUCCGUAAGUAUUUGUGUCCUUCGAAUUCCAUCAUUAUCAGCCUUUCUACAUGUUUGUAUCAUUCUACACUUGAUGUUCAAUCAGAGACUGGAGCAAUUCCAAACUUAAUGGUAACAAUAUUUACGUCUGGUAAAAACUAAAGCUCGCAUGUCAGUCACGUAGCCAACUCCUGUGUUUGUCAAGACCGAGGCCUGUGUACAAUAUGAAGCGUGUCCGUCCCUUCUGUUCUAAAUCUCUUGCAAUCUGGAACCGCUGCCACACCUGGCAGCAAAAGGUAAACAGAGCUUUUGGGAAUGUUCUCACAAGCGGCCUGGAUUUACUGAUCAGUCAAAGCUUGCAGGUUUGUUUGUACAAAACCUCUCUUUGCCCUCCUUGUAUUGAGACCAUGAUAUAGAUAUUAAGAUUGUUACUGUAAUCGAAAA